AUGGCCAUCACGCCGGGAAAUGGUUCAGUUCGUGCGGAAUUGGCCGAGUACACGGCGCAAACGCAGUAUUUGGGGCAGAUACCCUUCUCUCCACCAGUUCCAGCUGGUCCAGGUGGUCCGGGUGGUCCUGCUUGUCCGUCGACUCCAGGAGGUCCGUCGGGUCCGGGGGCUCCCUUUGGUCCUGCUGGUCCUGGAGCUCCAUCGGCUCCGGGUGCUCCUGGUGGUCCAGGUGGUCCAGCAUCUCCGGGCUCUCCGGGUGCUCCGGGGGUAAGUGGCUCGCUCUGGGCUGGUGAUCCAGGUUCUCCAGCAGGUCCAGGUUGUCCAGGCUCUCCAGGUGGUCCGGGAGGUCCACGGGGUCCGGGUGAUCCUGGGGCAGCGUCAGUUCCUGGUCUUCCAGGGGUACCAGCCUCUCCUGGGUCUCCAGGAGAUCCGGGUGGUCCAGGUGGUCCAGGUGGUCCCUGUGGGCAAGGCUUGCAUGGUGGUGGAGUGGUGGGCUCACAUGGGGCAGUAGGUGGCUUUCCGGGCACUCCGGGGGUUCCAGGUGCUCCUGGA